AUGGAGUUCGAAGCGUCAAGUUUCUUUUCUAAAUAUCGCCAUUACAUUGUGCUCUUGGCAACAUCCAGCAACGCAGAUAGUCACCCAGAAUGGUGCCGGCUGGUCAAGUGCAACAUUCGGUUACUGCUUGUGAACCUGAAGCGUAUUCCACACAUUAAUUUGGCCCAAGUAUAUAGUAAACGUUUCAUGCAAGCCCCCAACGGCAUCAACGGACAGGUUAAGCAGUUGUGUGCUUUAUGGUUUAUCGGAUUGGAAUUCGACAGACCGUACAAUUUGAAUAUUGACUUGACCGGGCCCAUUCUAUGCUUUACCGAUGCAGUAUACAGACAAGCUAGGCAGAUAAAUCUUCUUAAGGAUGGUAUGGACGUCGAAGCUCGACACAUUCGACGGGAGCAAUUGAGAGAAUAUGUGGAUCCGAACCCGCUGCAGUUAGAUAGGAACAAUAACAACGCUGGUGUGGAGCUUGCCGUAGACACAUCGUCCACACAGAACACAGAGAUAGAACCAACGGCCACACCGAUGAUUAUCGAGGGACCAAGAACAGAUGCCGUCAGUUAUCCGGACCUAUUGGAUUUAUUAUACUUCGAUUUAUAG